AUCCUCUCUCUCUCUCCCCUUGCCGCACUUCACUCUUACGCUUACAUGUACUCAUCAUUUGCGGCAUAAAAGCUGAAACUAUGUCCUUCUCUCUCUAUCUCUCUGUCUCUGUUUCUCUCUGGGGGGAUUCUUGAUCAAAGGCCAUGGCUUUUUGGGGUAGAAUCUUGAAGAGGGCCCUCCAGCCUGCGAGACCAUCAUCAGAUGCCGCUGCUCUCUGCAGUUCCUACUCUACAAAUGCUCCUCCUCAGCUCCCGCGGUUCGAUCACUUGCCCAAGCCGUAUAAAGGGCCCUCCGCAGAUGCAGUCCUUGAGAAGCGCAAGAAGUUUCUGGGGCCUUCCCUUUUCUACUUCUACGAGAAGCCGCUUAACAUAGUUGAAGGAAAGAUGCAGUAUUUGUUCGAUGAAAGUGGAAGGCGUUACCUUGAUGCUUUUGCUGGUAUUGUCACUGUUUCCUGUGGACACUGCCAUCCCGAAGUACUGGAUGCAAUCAUAGAGCAAAGCAAGCUCCUGCAGCAUGCCACAACAAUAUAUCUUCAUCACGCCAUUGGCGAUUUUGCUGAGGCAUUAACUUCAAAACUGCCAGGAGAUCUUAAGGUUGUUUAUUUUGUGAAUUCUGGGAGCGAAGCGAAUGAAUUGGCUACACUAAUGGCUCGAAUGUACACUGGCAAUCUCGAGAUGAUUUCAUUGAGAAAUGCAUAUCAUGGUGGAAGCUCUGGAACAAUUGGCUUGACUGCUCUAAACACGUGGAAGUACUCAAUCCCACAGGGUGAAAUCCACCAUGUUAUGAAUCCAGAUCCGUACCGAGGACCGUUUGGUUCUGACGCCAAAGCUUAUGCAAGAGAUGUACAAGAUCACAUUGAUUUUGGUACUUCGGGAAAGGUGGCAGGAUUUAUUGCUGAAACAAUCCAGGGAGUCGGAGGAGCAGUUGAGCUGGCCCCUGGAUACUUGAAGCUUGUGUACGAUAUUGUUCGUAAAGCUGGUGGCGUUUGCAUUGCAGAUGAAGUGCAGACUGGGUUUGGUCGCACGGGGGGCCAUUACUGGGGCUUUGAAACUCAAGGCGUGAUUCCUGACAUAGUCACCAUGGCUAAAGGAAUUGGCAAUGGUUUACCAUUGGGGGCAGUGGUGACCACUCCAGAAAUAGCAAGCGUGAUGGCUCAGAAGAUUCAGUUCAACACUUACGGAGGCAAUCCCGUUUGUUCUGCCGGGGGCCAUGCUGUCCUCAGGGUGAUCGAUAAAGAGAAGCGCCAGGCACAUUGUGCCGAUAUUGGGUCCCACUUAAUCAGUCGUCUAAAAGAGCUUCAGCAGAAAUACGACAUCAUUGGAGAUGUGAGAGGCAGGGGCUUGAUGUUGGGUGUAGAGCUUGUGACUGAUAGGAAAGAGAAGACACCUGCGAAAGCAGAGACAUUACAUUUGUUCGAAAAACUUAAAGACCUUGGUGUUCUAAUCGGGAAAGGAGGUUAUGACGGGAAUGUUUUCAGAAUAAAGCCUCCAAUGUGUUUCAGCAAAGAUGAUGCAGAUUUUCUUGUCGAUGCUUUGGACUAUUCCAUGUCGAAAUUGUGAAGGAUGAUUAUGUUCGUACCGGUGGUGAAGAAGGCUCUCAACAAGUAAGAGUCUCUGGCAAAAUGGCUUCCAAAGCGGCCCUUUCUGAUGUUCUUUUAAUUUCAAGACAGUUCAGCUGCUACAAUAAAUUUCUCUUCAUUUUCCCUCCUCUCUUUGGUGUAAAUUUUGAGGAAAUUUCAGGAAAACCGAAAUCUCGAAUCGAAUUUCCAUUUUACCUCUCUAUAAGCAUUCUUUCAUAUGGUUUUCAUGUACUUUCCUCUUGUAUAAGCACUUAACAGCCAUUACAGAAUCAUCUUGCAAUCAAAUCCCGUUAGUAAUAA